CCUCUUCCCUCUCUCUCACUGUCUUACACAGAAAAUACAUUUUUAUUUUAUUUAAGGGGCAGUUGGCAAAAUGGCAAUGGAAUAAUCACACUUUUCUAUCAUGCAAAGACUGAUUUAACUGCCAAGUGUCGCCAACCCAUUUCCCCGAAGACUCCUUCUCUCUAUUCUUUUACUUCUUAGAGGUUUAGGCUUUAAGGUUUGAUCACUGGAAAGUGUAAGAAGAAAAAAACAAAGAAAGAAAAAAGAGAAAAAUUCCCUUUUUAACCUUUUUUUCUGAAAUUCAUGCUAAACAAAUACAGCCUGAUGCAGAGUUGAAAACCAACUCUGCAAUUUAUCUUUUUCUUUUUCUUUCCUACCCUUUUCUCAUGGUCUCAAGCAGCUCAGAAACCGUUUUGUACCACACUAAUUUCUCAGCAAUGUUCAAAGUUUUGAACAAGAACUUCCGCCUCCUCUGUUCUCGCUUCCGGUGGCCUAUUCGCCGCCGUUCUAAGCCCAGAGUGGUCAUCAAAAGGUUCGGAAAGUUGAGCUCCAAAUCUCAAAAUGGAGCUGAAAACGAACCGAGAAUCAAUGGGUCUGCUUCUGUUCAUCCGAACGGCCAACUGGAUAUCUCAAAAUCGGAGAGAUCGAUACGGGUUGCGACGUUUAACGCUGCCCUGUUUUCCAUGGCGCCAGCCGUUUCUAAAGCCGAGAAAACUGGCAAUUUCGACUCUGAGAAUGGAGAUGUUCUGAAGGUUAGGAAUGUAAAUUUAAGAGCAAAAUCCGCAAAUGAUCGACCAAAGGGUAUUCUUAAACAAUCUCCACUGCAUCCAAAUUCCAUGAAUAACACAGACAACCAUACAAAACAACAGAAAUUCGUGAAAUCGAAGUUGAGGGUUUCCAUAAAUUUGCCAGAUAAUGAGAUUUCUUUACUACGAAAUAGGCAAUUGAGCUUCACCGAAGAUGUGAAAGAGGGUUCUUCGUCAUCGAGUACUGGUGCUGCUAUAUGUAGAAUUCUGAGAGGAAAAGCUCCAUUAAGAUCAACGGUGAGCUUUCCUACGAAUUUGGGUAAUGGAAGAGAUGGAGAUUGUUACAGAAUCAGCAGAACAGUUCUUGAUGUUCUGAGAGAAUUGGAUGCUGAUAUAUUGGCUCUGCAAGAUGUGAAAGCAGAGGAAGAAAAAGCCAUGAAACCCCUUUCGGAUUUAGCCUCUGCUUUGGGGAUGAACUAUGUUUUCGCUGAAAGUUGGGCACCGGAGUACGGCAACGCUAUCUUGUCAAAAUGGCCCAUUAAGCGCUGGAAAGUCCAGAAGAUUUUCGAUGACACAGAUUUCAGGAACGUCCUAAAGGCCACCAUUGAUGUUCCUGAAGUUGGAGAAGUAAGCUUUCACUGUACCCACCUUGAUCAUCUUGAUGAGAAUUGGCGUAUGAAGCAGAUUAAUGCCAUUAUCAAAUCCAGUGAUGAUAAUGAGCCCCACAUCUUAGCAGGUGGUCUUAAUUCCCUUGAUGAAUCUGAUUACUCCGAAGAAAGAUGGACAGACAUUGUCAAGUAUUACGAGGAGAUGAGAAAGCCAACGCCAAAAGUUGAAGUAAUGAGAUAUUUAAAGAGUAAACAAUAUACAGAUGCUAAAGACUUUGCAGGAGAAUGUGAAUCAGUAGUAAUGAUUGCCAAAGGCCAAAGUGUGCAAGGAACAUGCAAAUAUGGAACUCGAGUUGAUUACAUAUUGGCAUCUCCAAAUUCUCCAUAUAAAUUUGUUCCAGGUUCAUAUUCGGUGUUCUCUUCCAAAGGGACUUCUGAUCAUCAUAUUGUCAAAGUUGAUGUAAUCAAAUCAAAUAGCAAUACUACUGUUCAUCAUGCAAAUCUCAAUAGAAAGAAACGACAACCGAAACAGAAAAUUGUCAGGAUAUCAGAAUCCUCUCCAUCAAAAGGUUUAUGGAAAACACAGACAUAACAAAUUUAUAUAAAUUAUAGAAAUAUAUAUAUAUAUAUUUUUUUUUCUUCUGUGGAUUUGUGUUGCUGGUGUGGGAGAAGAGCAAAUGGUUAAUUUUGGAGCUGCUUUCCCUCUUCCUAUACUUGUGUAAUCUUCUCUAUUGUGUCUUUACAAUGUUUUUACUUAGAAAGAAAGUAGAGAUAUAUAAAUAACUACAAGUGACAAGUUUUUCAA